UUUUUAAUUUUCGUUAUUAAUUGCAAGGGGAAAAGAAGUAAAUAAAACUUCUAAAAUGAAAAGGAAAGAAAACGACACAAAGAUGGAGGCGUAUUAUGUUGGUAAGGAGAGGGAGUCAUCACUCGUCAGACGAAAUUCAUACUCUUUCCCGACUUUGCAUCACCAAAAACAACUCUCCGACUCUGUCGUCUGUCGCUGUCCGUUCUCUUUUUUUCCCCGUCUCCGUCUGCGUGCUGCUGGCUUCUCAGUUCUCACUAUUCCUCGUCCUUUCUCAAUCACUAAACUAUUAAACAGAUACCAGCAUUCGGACCUUUCUUCUCCUCCGCAAACCGCAAAUCUCAGGCACAGCUCGUUCACCGGCGCUCAGUAGUUGCAGAGAAGAUGGGCGAUGGAGGUUGCGCCGCUACUAACACCAAGAUAGAGGAAGGAGAAGGAGGCUAUAUAUUGGAAGACGUCCCUCAUCUCAAUGACUAUCUCCAUUCGCUCCCCACUUACCCUAAUCCCUUGCAAGACAAUCCUGCCUACUCUGUUGUAAAGCAGUACUUCGUCGAUGUGGAUGACACCGUCGCCCAAAAGAUUGUGGUUCACAAGAAUGGUGACAGGGGAAUCCACUUCCGUCGUGCUGGACCUCGCCAAAAGGUAUACUUCAAGUCCGACGAAGUUCAUGCUUGCAUUGUCACCUGUGGUGGCCUCUGCCCCGGGCUGAACACUGUCAUCAGGGAGAUUGUUUGCGGCCUUCAUUACAUGUACGGUGUCUCCAAAAUCAUCGGCAUUGAUGGAGGGUACAUGGGAUUCUAUUCCAAGAAUACUAUUACUUUGACUCCCAAGGUUGUCAAUGACAUCCAUAAACGUGGCGGUACUGUUCUUGGGACGUCAAGAGGAGGUCAUGACACCUCAAAGAUAGUGGACAGCAUCCAAGAUCGUGGGAUCAAUCAGGUUUAUGUCAUUGGAGGUGACGGAACUCAAAAGGGAGCUGCGGUCAUUUAUGAGGAAGUCAGACGACGCGGUCUAAAAGUUUCAGUUGCUGGAAUACCCAAGACCAUUGAUAAUGACAUUCCCGUUAUUGACAGGUCGUUUGGUUUCGAUACUGCGGUUGAGGAGGCACAACGGGCUAUCAAUGCAGCCCAUGUGGAAGCUGAAAGUACCGAAAAUGGUAUUGGUGUUGUGAAGCUGAUGGGACGUUAUAGUGGUUUCAUUGCUAUGUAUGCUACACUUGCCAGCAGAGAUGUGGACUGCUGUUUGAUUCCAGAGUCGCCUUUCUUCUUAGAAGGCAAAGGUGGACUUUUUCAAUUCAUUAGAAAACGGCUAAAAGAAAAUGGGCACAUGGUUAUCGUUAUUGCUGAAGGAGCAGGACAAGAUCUGCUUACAGAGAGCAUGCAGUCUAUGGGGCAGCAAGAUGCUUCUGGAAACAAGCAACUUCAAGAUGUUGGAUUCUGGAUAUCUCACAGGAUCAAGGAUCAUUUCGCCAAGGAACAUAAUAUGGCUAUCACUCUCAAAUACAUAGAUCCUACGUACAUGAUCCGAGCAAUUCCAAGUAAUGCUUCUGAUAAUGUCUACUGCACGCUCCUUGCUCAUAGUGCGGUUCAUGGGGCAAUGGCAGGAUAUACAGGCUUUACUUGUGGACCUGUGAACGGACGACAUUCUUACAUCCCUUUUAAUCGCAUUACUGAGAAGCAGAACAAGGUGGUGAUCACAGACAGGAUGUGGGCAAGACUUUUAUCCUCGACGAAUCAGCCUAGCUUUUUAUGAGACCUAAUUUUGCUGGCAUGGAGAGAACUGGGGAACUAGGUGCAUGGGAGUUGUAACAUGUUCGACAGCAUCUCGCAACUUACUCGAGAUCGGACAUUUCCCCUUUCAGUUUUGUGUAUUUCCUUUUACUAGGAAAGCAAGUUGUAUGUACACAAAUGUUUGUCAUAGUUGGAUUACAUGCGUUCUUUCAUUGAAUUGAUGAGGUGAAGGAUUUAGAAAUUGUCGAGGAGCAUUUCACUUUGACAUUUGAAUGGGCAAGCACAACUAGUCCCAGAAAGAGACCGGACAAGCACGAAUGACAACAGAAGAUG